AUGUGCUAUGGUACUGUUGCUCUUUGUAGCUGGACAUGGCAUCAAUGGCAGGUAGGGAUUUCCGUGAGUAUUGGCAGGGACUAUGAGGUUGUUUACGCGACAAUGAAAGAUGAGGAGUUGAUGCAGGAGUGUGUGUUUGUUAAGUGGAGAAUAUGGAAGAGCCGGAAUGAAAUGGUCUUUAAAGGAGUGCUGGUUAAUCCCAUGGAGAUGGUGAAUUUAGUGCAGCGACACCUCCUGGAGUUUCGUGUUGGGCAAUGCAGGAAGAGGAGAGAUGGUGGCUGCGAUGAGGAGGGGAUUGAAUCAAGCUUCGCGGGUCAACGGCUUCGAUGGAAGAGGCCACCUUUUGGUGUGAUGACGAUUAAUUGUGACGGGGCUUGGUGUGGGAAGACUUGCAAAGGUGGUUAUGGGUGGGUUUUAAGGGAUUUUACUGGUUUGUUGCAGGCGUCUGGUGGGGAAGGAGGUGGGGUUUUCAACUCGGUAGCAAUGGCUGAAGCUGCUGCGAUCCGAGCAGCUUUGAGGGUUUGUAUCGAGUUGGGUUGUGCGGAAGUGGAGCUUGAAUCGGAUUCUCAGGUGCUUAUUUGA